AAAGCAAGCUCUACCGUGGCUCGCAAGCGGUUUGGGGAUCUCUUCAAGGUUUAACGUUCUAAAGCAGGCUUCCAACUGGUUAUUCUUUCACUUCUAAAAUUCCCAAUGCUAGCAAAAAUAACACAAACCCCUGUGCCUUUUCGACUUACCCUUGAAAUAACCUAGGUAUCCUUGACCGAAAAUCAUUCAAUUCCCAAUCCACCGCUUCAAAGCAAUUGGUUCUAAUCCGACCUACCGCCUACUCAGCCAUACGUCAAGAAAUCCGCUCCACACAAAUUGCAUGCAAACCUCUUACCUAGGUGCCUCUUUUGUGUGUUUCAAGUAUCUUAUUUUUUACUAGUACGAAAUACCGAAAUACACGCAAGCACGUACUUACAUACAUCAAUUAAUCCAUCCAAUACCAUACGUACAUAACGUACAUAAUUAUUCCUCCUCGCUCCUAUCCCCCCGGUUCCCUAAUAAAUAAAAAGUACCAGCUCUCUCUCUCUCUUCCAUUUGCUUGGUAAGGCCAUGUCUCCUUCAGGAGCAUCAUCGCCACAUCUAAGCUAUCUGGAGCAGACCGUCUCGCUCCUCAGCACCGUGGCCGCUUACAUGCGCUUGCCGGCUUUGGCCUCCACGGGUGUUGCCGCCGUCCUCACCACCCUGUUAUAUUUCAAGCAAAAAGCAUUGAUCUACCCAUCUCACAUGCCCCCCAAUGCCCGAACGAAUGUACCUCGACCUUCGCAAUUCGGUAUCAAAGAUUUCGAGGAGCUAGUAAUACCUACCAACGAUGGCGAAAAGCUCUCGGCAUUCUACAUCCGCGGCCCGAGAGGUGGCCGUAAUUCCAAGUGUACCAUAUUGAUGUUCCACGGCAAUGCUGGGAACAUAGGUCAUCGACUACCGAUAGCACGUAUGCUUAUUAAUUACAUUGGUUGCAAUGUAUUCAUGCUGGAAUAUCGAGGCUACGGAUUAUCGACUGGUGAACCGGACGAGAAGGGGCUUUCUAUCGAUGCCGAGACAGCUCUCGAGUACCUGCGAAAGCGAGCCGAGACUAGCAAACAUAAACUCAUCAUCUACGGUCAGAGUUUAGGAGGCGCCGUCAGCAUCAAGCUAGUAUCUAAACACCAACAUGCCGGGGAUAUCGUCGGUUUGAUCCUCGAAAAUACGUUCCUCUCCAUGCGGUCAUUAAUCCCAUCCGUCAUACCACCGGCCAAAUAUUUGACGAUGCUAUGCCAUCAAGUUUGGCCAAGCGAGUCAAUAUUACCAUCUAUUACUGAGGUUCCAAUAUUAUUCUUGAGUGGCCUUCAAGAUGAGAUGGUCCCGCCCGCUCACAUGAGGAAGCUAUUCGAAUUAGCUACUACACCCAUAAAGAUUUGGAAACCUCUUCCCGGUGGUGACCACAACUCGAGUGUAUUGGAAGAAGGAUAUUUCGAGGCGAUAUCGGAUUUUGUGGCCAACAAUGUCGGGGACGCGAAGUCAUGAUCAUUCUAAUUACGGGAGACCUAUCUGCAUUAUGGGACGGCCCGCCAAGAAUUGGCGCCACCUUUUUUUACGCGUUGCACACCCUUUCUACCUUUACCCUUACAUUGAUGCUUAAUCGCCUAUCAAAUAAGUGACGCAUUUUCUCAUCUAACAUUAUUGGAGGCAUUGUUAUGCUUCCUCGUCGAACGAAAUUCGGCUCGGAGCUCAAGUAACGGCUGAAAUGAGCCCUAAGUCCUCGCAGGAUUCCGUCAGCAGCCAAACCCUGCGGCUAAAUGCUAACCGUUGCUUAUCCAACUAGGUAGCUUAAGCCGUUUUAUGCAGGUCCCUAGCAGCGCAUACGUGUCACCUAUCAGUCUCAGUAGAGCAGGUUGCACUCAUUUACCUUUGCCCAAUGUCCUAUUUCUGUCAUCCCGAAUUCCACUCUCGGAAGACAUACACGCGCUUUCAUGGUAGAGCCUGCAGAUUUCAAGAGAUCUGUUGGGAGUGCAGUGAUCUAGGUAGGGUUUGAAAAGAUUUUCGUU